ACGCAUCGCUAGCGCCGGGCACGACACGACCUGUCGAUUACAUCAGGGUUAGUUGAGCCACUCUGAUCGGAGCGUGGAAACACCACACUCCUGGCGGGGAACUCAGUGCACCUAGGCGGCCAAACCCCCCUCCCCAGACACUAAAGAACAACCAUGAUCUUCGCUUUAAGGAACCUCUCGGGCCGCUGGCUGUCUCUGGGCAUCAAGUGCUCCGUGCGCUCAUUUGGAUGCGGGCAGGUUGCACUUGGAGCUGCUUCUCUCAAAGGGCGUCAUCUACUGUCUCUCAAGGACUUCAGCGGAGAAGAAAUCAAACAAUUCUUAUGGACAGCAGCUGAUCUGAAAAUGAGAAUAAAACAGAAAGGAGAGAUCCUCCCUUUGCUUCAAGGAAAAUCCAUUGCCAUGAUCUUUGAAAAAAGAAGCACCAGAACAAGAAUAUCGACUGAAACAGGAUUUGCAUUGCUCGGUGGACACCCGUGUUUCCUUACAACACAAGAUAUUCAUUUGGGAGUGAAUGAGAGUCGUAAAGACACCGCAAGGGUGUUGAGUGGGAUGACUGACGUGAUCCUGGCCAGGGUGUACAAGCACUCUGAUCUUGAGCAAUUGGCGGAGGAUGGUACAAUCCCAGUGAUCAAUGGUCUGUCAGAGAUGUACCAUCCCAUCCAGAUUCUGGCUGAUUACCUCACGCUUCAGGAACAUUUUGGCUCCCUGAAUGGUCUGACCUUGUCUUGGAUAGGAGAUGGGAACAAUGUGCUUCACUCCUUCAUGAUGAGCGCUCCGAAACUUGGAAUGCAUCUCAAUGUUGCUACUCCCAAGGGCUUCGAACCUGAUGCUGAUGUCACCAAGGUUGCUAAGUCAUUGGCUGGGGAGUGUGGAACCAAGUUGUUCUUCACCAACGAUCCUGUGGAAGCGGCAAGUGGAGCCAAUGCCCUGGUCACAGACACGUGGGUUAGCAUGGGGCAAGAAGAGGAGAAAGCAGAGAGGCUGAAGGCAUUCCAUGGUUAUCAAAUCACAAUGAAGACUGGAAAGUCAGCAGCUCCAAACUGGACGUUCUUGCAUUGUUUGCCACGAAAACCUGAAGAGGUUGAUGAUGAAGUAUUUUACUCUCCACGAUCACUGGUCUUCCAAGAAGCUGAAAAUAGGAAAUGGACGAUCAUGGGUGCAAUGGUGAACAUACUGACAGAUUAUUCUCCAUUGAGUAACAAGCCAAAAUUCUGAAUCCUGUCCUACAACUUAGCGUCCAUAAUGAAAGAACGUUCAUGGGAGAAUAAUAUGAAAAGCUUCAAACAAUUGUGUAACUCUACAAUUCAUUGAUAUUAAAUUACAGCAUUUAACUAAAUUAUGAUGAUAAUGUACCUUGUUAGUGGUAAUUAAAUAGCGGCGGUCAAUUUUUCAGAUCCUUACAUCGAAGGAAACGACAAUAAUGUGUGUGAGCAUAAUCCAGUUAUUAAGGGUAAUAACUGGUAAUAUUGGUAAUAUUUUGGACGCAAAUACGGUUUGCUAAUUAAACUUUAUUAUCUGUGGAGAUAUUAUUCUGUGUUGAAGGAAACAAAGUGGUGGAGUAACUCAGCAGGUCAGGCAGCAUCUAUGGAGAACAUGGAUAGGUGACAUUUUGGGUUGAGACCCCUCUUCAGACAUAUAUCAAUCAUACCUUAAUCUCAAUCAUAUCUUGCCGUCUCCAUGUAAUCUUCAGAAUUGCUUGUUCGAUGCUGAUUGGGAGUAGGCACUUUGUACAGAAUUUCCUAUUUGAUGUUAUAACUGGAAACGGACGUUUACGGUCUAAUUAAAUUUUCCUCCUGAUA